UGCGACUGAGAUCUUGUUUUUUAACAACUUAUAAAUUGUUUUUAACAUGCGAUUUAAAUAAAAAUAAACAUAAAAACAAUUCCAACUACUGUGCUGAAUAGCCGACGGACCUCCAUUUUGAUAAAUGUCGUGACGUUCACGACGUAGUAUUAAAGUCACACGGCUGUUCCGAUUAAAUGUAGUGCACAAUAAUGUAUACACCCGAUCGGAAUAGAUCACUUCAACAGUUCGGAGAUCUUCAAUCGGACUUAUUUCAAUGGGAAUGACAAAAAAAACGGCGACUGUGGUUGGUCCGCUGAAGACGAGCACCGCAAUCAAAAUCCAAGACCUGCUGCUCAGCAUGGCUUCGUCCUCCAGCUUUGUACCUCCGAAACUAGAUGACUUCAUCCUGACGGAGCGGCUGGGAAGCGGUACAUACGCCACAGUCUACAAGGCCUACAGAAAGGGGGAUAGUCGAGAGGCGGUGGCAGUGAAGGUGGUGGCCAAGAAGACUCUGAACAAGGCGUCCACAGAGAACCUGCUCACAGAGAUCGAGAUCCUCAAGACCAUGCGUCACCCUCAUAUUGUCCAGCUGAAAGACUUUGUGUGGGAUUCUGAGAACAUAUAUCUGAUCCUGGAAUGGUGUUCCGGUGGAGAUCUGUCCCAUUUCAUCCGCAGUCGUCGUAUCUUGCCGGAGGGAGUCGCCCGCCGUUUUCUGCAGCAGUUAGCCUGUGCUCUCCAGUUCCUACAUAACCGAAACAUCUCCCACUUGGAUUUGAAACCGCAGAACAUCUUGCUCUGUGGCUCAGUCCUUAAACUAGCAGACUUUGGUUUUGCCCAGUACAUGUCUCCGUGGGACGAGAAGAGCGUGUUGAGAGGCUCUCCUCUGUACAUGGCUCCCGAGAUGGUGUGUCGGAGCCAGUACGACUCAAGAGUGGAUCUCUGGUCCGUGGGAGUCAUUCUUUAUGAGGCACUUUUUGGACUGGCCCCUUUUGCAUCAAGGUCGUAUUCAGAAUUGGAAGAGAAGAUUAGAAGUAACCAGCCCAUUGAGCUCCCUCCCGGGGCCAGGGUCUCCAAGCACUGCCGGGACCUCCUCCUGCGUCUCCUGGAGAGAAAGCCGGAUGCUCGGAUCACCUUUGCUGAGUUCUUCACGCACCCCUUUGUGGAUAUGGAGCACAUGCCGAGUGCCGAGAGCUUGGAGAAGGCGAAAGAACUGGUACUGCAGGCCGUCCAGAAGGACCAAGAUAGAGAGCGGUCUGCUGCACUCUCUCUGUACUGCAGCGCCCUUGAGCACUUUGUCCCUGCUAUUUAUUACGAGACUGACCGGCAGCGUAAAGAUGUCCUCAGGCAAAAGGUCCGCCAGUACGCAUCCCGAGCGGAAGAGCUGAAGGCCUUAGUGGCCUCAGACAACAACCUUAUUUUCGAGGAGGCGCGCACCUCCAGGGACAUCCUCCGAGAAAUGUCCCGUGAGCAACCACGCUUACUGGCGGCGCUGGAGAUGGCCUCGGUUGCCAUUGCUAAGGAGCAAAGUGGAGUGGACGAUAAGGAGGCCUUGGAUGAAUACCAGAAGUGCUUAGGAGAACUCCUGUUGGCUCUUGCAGCUGAACCGCAGGGUCGCCGACGAGAGCUGCUACAUGGCGAGAUUAAAAGCCUCAUGAGCAGAGCUGAGUACCUCAAGAAGAACAUCAAGAUGCAGGAGACUCAAAGGGACGCCUCGCUGGAUCGGGAGACCUUAGCGGACUCCGUCAGAAGCUCAUGCUGUGUGCAGUAAACCUGAAGAGCCACGGCGGGAAACCAGCUGGCUUGGACAGUCUUACCAAACCAAAGCUUUCACCCCAAUGGCGCUCUGUGCUCCAGGCCAAAUCAAACCUGCAUCCCGACCUCACCUCCCACACUUGUGGGCUCGUCCGUGCCAGAAGCGGUCAAUGUUUUGGUUGUUGCUGUAGGUGAAGUAGCAGCUACAGAGAGCGGUGCUUUACAAGCCGGUUAAAUACUGCAACACACUUGGUUUUGAGUUUACACACUGUAGAUUCCUCCAAAGAAACCAGUUUACAACAUUUAACCUUUAAGGCUGGAUUUACACUGCAUUUUUUUUUACUCUGAAGUGUCACAGUUGAGAUGUGCGUUAUGGCGUUGUAAAGAGAAAACACAAGAAUCGGAUAUCUGAUCAGAGCUCAUCCAAAUGUGGAUAAAAAACAGAUGUCGGAUAUCUGUCCAUGCGAGUGCUGUACCCCUACAAUGCCAGCUUGACCUCAAAAUACACCCGUGUCUGCUCAAGCAACACAAAUAAACACAUUAAAAAAUAUAUGCUGUAAAUCUAAACUACAGUGUGAAAACAGAGACAAUUUAAAAUGGGCUAAAUAUGUGUAUUAUCAUUAAAUAAGCAAAAUAUUUGCUGACUGUGGCCAGUGGAGAAGUGUGGAGGUUAACUUUAUUUUAAAUCAAUGAAAGCAAGAGUAGCCCCAGGCCAAAUAAACAGUAUGUAAUAUUUGAUAUUUUGUCAAUGCUUGUCUUCCAAUUUGGAUCUCUGUGCAUGCAGAAAUAAUGUAAAUAGACAGUACAAAAAAAGCACUUGGACCUGCAGUAUAAAAUCUGGCCUGCUAUUGUGAAUUUUUCUCUGCUAACAUUCAGCGUGAUCAUAAUGUAAACGUGAGCUCCUUUGCUCCAUCACUAACUAUAUGCAAAACCUGGAACAUAAUGGAUUUGUACACUCUGCUGACAACGUGUUUUGACCACAUCACUCUGGUCAACAAGCAAAAGGGAUUUAAAUCAAAAGUAUUUGCAGAAAACUGUGAAAAUGUAUCCCGGGGGUACUGGUGUAUACUGUUGGAUUGACCCUUUUGUACUGUACCCUCUGAUAAUGUGUACAUACAGUGGAACCUGUAAGUUCAAACAAUCCUUUCCAUGAUGCUGGACAAAAUUGGAAUUGGAAAAUAAUGCAAAAUGAAUUAAUCUGUUCCCAGGUUCAACUGGUCCCAUCUUGAGUAAUUGGACAGGCAUAAUUGUAGCAUUAACUGGCAUACAAAUGUAAAAAGAAGUUAAACACUGUUUAAUAACAUUAAAAUCUAUGAGUUGUUUACACCCCUUCACCCUCCUGUUAUAUUUAUUGAACAUCAAAUAGGUUUUCCCCCCAAAAAACAAUGGUAAAACGUCUGGCUUUAGUUUUGAAUUUAUUUUACAGUCGUUUUCCCCCCCCCCCAACUAUUUUACUCUUGGAACAACAAAUAACAGGAGGGCUAAUGCUGUUAAUGCUUUGCAAUUGUAAAAAGAAUUUAACUACUGUAUAGCACAACUGGACGUCCCUUUGGAAUUUGGAUGCACCGCAUAAACAAUAAACGCAGUUCACUUUG